UUUUUUUUUUUAAUUUUCAUUCCUUUUUAUUCUUUUUUUUUUUAUUUUAUAUAUAUAUCAGUCAUGGAACCCAGAUAUAUUGAAGGAGCUGUUAUACCUCAUGAAUCUUUAUCAACAUGGUAUCAAGAUCGUACAGUACGAAUGACUAGCUCACCAACUAAUGAAAUUAACAAUAACGAUGCUUCCUCGUCUACACCAGUAAAACGCCGCAAAAUUGUAAAGCAACAAUCAAGUCCACCUGUCACCAUUGGUCAACUAGUCUUUCCAGUACAAUUCCCUCCACCAUCUUUCAUGAUCAUUGAUACUAUCAAUCAGGAAUCUUUAUAUGCCUCAUGGUCUCAUUCAAUACAGCAACCCGACUUGGAAAUCGCUUGUUUGAAGGUCUUCACGGCAACUACUCACCAACUAGUUAUGGAACACGAAAUUGUACGCGCACUUGGUUCCAAUGAAACACUCGAUUUUAUGAUGAACGAUGACAACAAUAAAAAUGAUAAUAUUAUGGAUCGUAUGAACAAAUUGACUUUAUUUGCUAAUCUUGCUCGACUGUCAGUGAAUAAAACAGUAACUACACGAAACGUGAUUCUGGCGCAGCAAGAACAAACUAUAAUGAAUGGUGUGAUUACUCUGAAUUUAGCUGCAAACAUAGAUCAAACACAUACACGAAAUGCUCUCUUCUCCAAAGUCUUCCCUUAUCUAUACUACCCUUCUUCUCAUAAUCAUGAUACAUCCAGUGCCACUAUCUCUAUUGAUGAUUUUUAUCGAUAUUUACAACCUCCUGUGUCGAAACAACUCUUGACAAAAUGCCAUACACAAGGAUUACGACCUACUUUGACUCCAUUUCAGUCUCAAAAUGUGGAAUGGAUGGUGAAGAAAGAAGGUUUCACGAUACUUGAUAAUGGUAGUUUACAUGAAAUUCCUAUAGACAAUGAUCAGCUACCUUUCUUUUGGGAGAAAAUCAACACAACAGCAAAUGGACAACACCUAUAUAUAAACCGUGUUACGAAUGAAAUUUCUCAUCAUAUUCCGGUACAUCGACAUACGUUAUAUCAUGGUGGUAUUUUGGCUGAUGAAAUGGGUUUAGGAAAAACUGUUAGUGCUAUUGCUAUGAUCUUACUUAACACUCCAGAAAAAUCCGAUAUCUUCAAUCAUACAAACUCUGGUGAAUUAAGGAAAACGGGUGCAACUCUGAUCAUCACUCCAGCAACAAUUAGUCAUCAAUGGGAAUCUGAAUUCAAGAAACAUGCACCUACAUUAAAAGUAGCAUUCUACCAUGGUAUCAAGAAUAUCCCUCAACAUACUGAAACGGAACAAGUAGCUGACUAUCUAGCAUCCAAUGAUGUAGUUUUGACUACCUACAAUGUUCUAAGAACAGAAAUUCAUUAUUCAAGGCAGAUACAAGAUCGACCACGUAGAUGUGAUAUCAAACAUAAAGUCAGAAAAAGUCCUUUGGUUCAAUUAUUAUGGUGGCGAUGCAUUGUUGAUGAAGCACAAAAAGUGGAAUCACCGGUGACACUCGUGGCAGAAAUGGCAUGUCUCAUUCCUCGUUAUUAUAGUUGGGGAAUUACUGGAACACCUAUCAAUUCAACUAAUUAUUAUGAUCUUUAUGGAUUAUGCAAAUUUGUGGACUAUUUUGAUGGCACGCCUCGUCAAUUUAGGAAUAUGUACUCUACUCCAGCCUUACACUCCACUUUUUUGGAUUUUAUGAAGAAGAUCAUGCGGCGGAAUCUUAAAUCAUUUUUGUAUGAUCAGAUCCAUAUCCCAAAACAACACCGACAAGUCAUUACCAUCUCUUUUUCAACUAUCGAACAACAUUACUACAAUGAUCUUCAGUUAACUUGUCGACAAGAAGCAAAUCCAUCAUGGUUAGACAGCAUUGGAUGGGAAAAGCCAACAGAUACAUCAGAUAUUGCUUAUACAAGAUAUAUUGAUAGUAUGCAAGCAUUACGAAAAUGGCUCAAUACUUUACGUGAAACAUGUGUACAUCCAGCUGUUGUUGGAAGAGAUCAAGAAAAUGUUCGAACAUUAGAUCAAGUACUAAAGAUCAUGAUACAAAAGACAAAGGACAAGGUCGAAGAAGCACAAGCUCAAUUGGCAAAUGACAAGCUCACAUAUGGAGGGAUGCACGAACUUACGCAACAAGGUAAUUGGACAAAACCUUUGUCAAUUUAUUUAGAUUGGAUGCCUCAAGUAGAGAAAAUGGUGAUGGAAUACAAUACAAGAAUUGAUCAAGCUAAAGGCGGGAAUCAGCAGGACAUGGCUACAGAUCCGAUUAUUCCAGGAAUGGAUGAACACAAAAUGACAGACAGCAAUCAAGACACAGAAGAAAAGAGCAAGUUGGUGAUGUCCCUUCAACUGAAACAAGUUAUGUGGCAAAACAUCCUACACCGAUUUUAUUUUUACACUGCUGGUAUUUACCAUAUGUUGGAAGACAAGGAUAAGGAAAAUGAAUAUUAUGAAAAGGCAGCUAGCGUUCGAAGGCAAAUCUUAUCAAAACCCCAAGAAAAGGUACAAGCAUUAGCACUUGAUAUCAAGUCUACGGAGCCUUUAUUAUCGUUAGGCAAGGUUGGGUUUUCUCGUCAGAGGGAAACCAUUUUUUUAUCAACUGAUUUCCUUACAAGGGUGAAUGACCUGGCAGACAUUUUGAAUAAACAGUUGUUAUUGAUUGAAGAAUGGCGAACUCUAUUACGGAAAUAUCUUACAUCCAAUUUGGUAGAUUCGAAUGAGGACGAAAUCAAAGGUGAUGAAUAUGACAAUUCUCUGAUUAUUCAAGAAAAAUGUGACAUAUAUCAAGAUCUCUACCAGGAUAUUCUACGGGACAGGCACUUUUGGAUCAAUGGUGUAUGGUUGACUCAACGAGUAUCCAAUAUCCAAGACGAGAAUAAUGAAAACGGAAUUGAACAUGAGGAAAUCAAGGAUUUACGUGAAAACUUGGAUAAAUUACGACAAAAAGUGGCUCCAAAAGUGAUUGGUUCUGACAAUAUGCGAUCACUCCUCACUGAACUUCGAGAAAUUGCAUCUGGUCCAAAUGUUACUCAUAAGGUGGAAAGUUAUGUUAUUCAAGCAGAAAUGACUCGAUUGGCUGGUGAACUUAAACAACAAAAGGAUUUUCAAGACAAGUUGGAAAUGGAAAGUCGAAAACUUUCAGCUCUAGCCAAUCAUCGUAUUGAAUACUACCGUGCCCUUCAAAAUAUAUCUGAUCAUGUCGAGACUUGGGAAAGCAAAAACCCAUCAGCCAAGAUUCAAUCAUUAGAAUUCCAAAUGGGAAAAUUAGAAAACACCAUUGCUGACCAAUCUUCACGACAAAGGUACCUGGAAAAUAUCGCGAUGGAAAAACAGAAUGAAAAGAACAGUGCUGAAAGCGACAAGGAAUUGUUAUGUUUGAUCUGCAAGGAAAAUUUCACCAAAGGAAUCGUGACUUAUUGUGGCCAUAUGUAUUGCUCUGUCUGUGCUCAUGAAUGGUUUCGCACAAGUAGUCGAUGUCCUCAAUGCAGUUCCACUGUUAGACAUUCUGAAUGGUAUCCUAUUUCAUGGAAAACGGCAGUAUUACAUCAAGGUAAUGUUGCUGACAAUGAUAAAAGGGCUCACCCUACUGAUGAUGUUGGUGGCAUCUCUGUUGAUACAUUGGAAGACAUUAGAAAAGUGUCUAUUGAAGAAGGACUAGGAGCCAAGUUGGACAGCGUGAUUAGGCAUAUCAAGUAUCUACAACAAACAACUAAUGGAAAGUGUCUAGUGUUUUCUCAGUGGAAUCGUAUCCUUGGAUUACUCUCUGAAGGUUUGAAAAGAAACAACAUUGGCUUUGUAAACAUUGCAUCUGGUCCAAAAGAUGAUGAUAUCGUCCGAUUCAAGGAAGAUGAAACUAUUAAUGUCAUGUUGCUACAUGCCCGAAGUCAAUCAAGUGGAUUGACUUUAUUAGAAGCGAAAACUAUUUUUAUAAUUGAACCGGUACUGAAUGAAUCUUUGGAGAAGCAAGCCAUCAGUCGUGUUCAUCGUAUUGGUCAAACAGACGAGACAUCAGUAUUCUGGUAUAUUGUACGGGACACGAUUGAAGAACGGAUACAAAUGAUUCAUGAUGCAACACAACGACAUAGACAAAUUGACAACCUGAUAUUGGAUACCGUUUAUAAACCAGUCAUGGCAUCAAGAUCCGAAGGUGGAGGUGAAUACGUUUCAGAUCAAGACCUUAAAAAAUGCUUUACAGAAUUAGAUAUACCAAUGUAGAAUUUUUUUUUUUGUAUGAUAUUUUCUUAUGAACAACGUUAAUUACUAUUAUUAUUUUGUCGCAAUUCAAAGUUAAUAAACUGUAGGUAUUCUUUUACGUCCUUCUUCUUUCAAAUAUUAUAAUUUUAUCACCUUAUUCAAUAGUGAAAUAGACAUGACUUCAUACUGAAAUACAACUUUUUUUUUUUCAAUAAUGUGCAUAGUCAGUUUGACCAGUAACAAUCAUCAUCCUCUCUUCUCAAAAUCAUGAUCAUCGUUCUUAUCAAUAAAAAUAAGACUAAACCAUAUAAUAAUCAUUCGCCUGAGCAAUUCAAGUUGUGUUCAUUAUCAAUGAUUAUUCUUCAUGAAAAGCUAUUGUAAAAAAAAAAAAAAAAAAAAUUAUAAAAAAAAAAAAAAGAGAAA